AUGCGGCUGAUCCAUUUCAUCUUGGCUUCGAGUCUGGCCACCUUGGCAAGCCCAGUGGCAGCCAAUCCUGCGCGCCUAGACUUACUUGAAAACCGAGCCGAGCCGUCUCCAACUGUUGGCUACUCUGAUAUUCUGGAGUCUGGACACUAUGGACAUGGACCACAAGUGACACGUCCCUCUCCCCCAUCGUCGCAUCAAGACCAACAAGACGACUAG